AUGGCCAUUAAAACACAGUGGAAGCUGAAAGAUAUUCAAUGGAGGGAGGUCUUCAAACGCCAGGAUUAUGCCACAUUGCUCCUCACCGCCUGCUUCAUCGUCGGCCUGGUGAUCCCGUACGCCAUCUCUGAUCCCCGAACCAGCGCCUACAUCAUCUACGAUGCCACGAUCUCUAAUGCCGGUUAUGACAAUUUCAAGCCGUCUGUGCCCAACUUUGUGCCUGUACUCGUGCCCCUCCUCACCUUCGCGAUCACUGUGGUGGUUGGGGAGUUGAUCAGCAGCAAGUCCCAGCACAACACCGUCACAGAGGCUGUGGCAUCCGCACUCUUCUUCGUCCUGGAUGGCAUUCAGUCCUUUGUUUGUGGGCUCCUGGUCGUCCAGAUCACCAAGCUGGUGGUGGGCAGGACCCGCCCCGACUUCCUGGCUCGGUGCAAUCCUAUCAUCCCGGGCAACAUCACCAUCACCAUUGGGGGCCACACCUCAACCGCUUUUAACCUCACCGUCUACACCUCUGCAUACCUUAUCUGGUGCUGGCACAUGCGCCUUUCCUGGACACCAGUCCAUCUUAGCAUGAAGCAGCAGUUCCUGCUGGACCUGCGCAACGUGGCGGCCAAGCUCUGGAUGCUGGUGCUGCUCGGCGUGGCAUGGGGCAUCGCCAUCUCCCGCAUCAUCGACAACCAGCACCACCCCUCCGACGUCAUCGGGGGAGCGCUCAUCGGCAUCUGCAUCGCACUCAUCUAUGUCCUGCGUGCCAUUCCCCGCUACAAGCGCGUACUGUCGCCAGAAGUCAAGUCUGCACAGGGCGACCUCGAUGAAAUGUCGGUGUAG